GCGGCCUCGACAGAGACAGGUUCGCCCAUCGACCCAUUAAGCCGCUCCCACCACCACGCCGCUCUCGCAAUCGAUAUCGGGGUGCAAGGAGGUCGGAAUACUAUCUGCCGCGUGAUUCGCCCCGCGAUCGCUCCUCUCCUUCGCGCGGCGACCACUACAGCCCUCCGCGCCGUCGACAGAGCCCUACCGAUUUCGACGUACCUCCCGAGCUCAGGGAAGAAGCGGAGCUUGCGGCAGCCAUGGCGGAUAUGGAUGUUAGGGUCGACGAUAGAGAUGAUAGGCGCGAUCGAGGACGGAACCGUGGAAACAAGCGGCGUCGUGAUGACGAGGACGACAAUCAUUACGAUCACAAUGAACGCAACGAUCGCCGUGGACCUCAGCGACGACGCCGUGAUGAAGGACCUCCAGGACCUCCGCGUCGUCGAUUCGAAGAGCCUCCACUGGCGAAGCUCCGCAGGUUGAUCUUGAACAUUGCCAGCUCCACGAAGCUGCCAGAAGAUGAGGCUAUCGACAUUGUAGAAUACCUUCGCGAUCAAUAUGACGAUGAAGACACGCGAUCCGGAUUUUUUGAUAUAUUAGUUCAGCUCAUCGUAGAACAGCCCUUCAAGAUCCCAUUCGUCGCUGCCGUAGCUUUCUACGGGAAUCAAGUAAAACCCGAGAUCACCGUCGAAGCAAUGAAGCGCGUCGGCGACCGCUUACAAGUAGCCUUGAAUGCUGGUCAAUGGAGGGAGUUCAAGCUGCUGCUGCGUUUCUUCGCCUGCCUGCAGGGUUUGUACGAGGAAGACGGCAUCUUCGCCCUUCUCGGUCAGCUGUUCGACACCGUCGUGGACCUACAGAGCGCAAAUGAGAACGACGUCGUCGGCAUUGAGCUCGUCAAGAUCAUCCUCCUGACUAUUCCGUAUGCCAUUGUUGCUGGAGGGAGCCGCUUCCAUGAGAAGGCGCAAGAGUUGCUCAACAGCACGGGCAUCGUAGCUGGUAACAUGCUUCCCAUGGAAGCCCUCAUCCACGCCUAUGACACCGAGAGCGAUGACAAAGUGAUCGGAUAUCAUAGCGUCAUUGGACUCCUGCAACAGCAGCUCACUGGCGAAUCACAGAAUGGGUGGGAGCUCAAGUGCAUCCCCCGAUUCCAUGUAGAUGCAGUACGAAGAAAAAACCCCGAGGAGACGCUUCCCAACGUACCGCUAACGCACGCUUUCCCGACCUUUACGAUCCCUUCGCCCGUCAAUCCGGGACCCAAACCUCUUUUUCCUGAGGCUUACUUCUCUCUCCUAGCGGAUCAGGAUUUCGGUACCGUCCCCAGGACCAACGAUAUUGCAUCCUCUGUCAUACGAGAUGCCAUCGUCGACACCAUUGACCAACUCGACUUCAACCGUGAGAUGGUUGCCAAAUUCCUCGUCGACCUUGACUGCUACUGGUCGCUCGACACUUUCACUAAGCGUGGAAUCGCCUUCGACAAGUUCCGCGAGGCUAUUGGUGACAAGAUCAUCUACAAGUCAGAAGAUAUGGUCAUCGACGCAAUCUUCUCGGAGCUGUUCAAGCUCCCCACACCAGAGCACAAGCUCGUCUACUACCAUGCUCUCAUCACGCAGUGCUGCAAGGUUGCUCCGGCUGCCAUUGCUCCUUCAUUGGGCAGGGCCAUUCGCACCAUUUACAAGAGCUUGCAUGUUAUGGAUCUCGAACUAACCUACCGUUUCCUAGACUGGUUCACUCAUCAUCUGAGCAAUUUCGAAUUCCGAUGGAGGUGGACCGAGUGGCUCGGUGAUCUUGAGCUCUCAAAUUUACACCCGAAGAAGGCGUUCAUCGUUGCUGCGCUUGACAAGGAAAUCCGGCUUUCGUUUGCUAAGCGCAUCAGAUCCACCCUGCCUGAAGACAUGCACUCAUUGAUUCCGGAACGGCUUGAUGAAGACAACAGCCCUGAUUUCAAAUAUGACAAUCAGCAGACGCCAUUCGCCCCAGAAGGCCAGGCACUACUUCACCAGCUUAGAAAGAGGGCUCCUCCAGAGGACAUCCAGCAGACCAUAGACAGGAUACAUGAGCAGGCGACCGAGCUGGGAAUCGCUGACGUCCUCAUACCAUCAACAGACGCGUUUGUGACGGCCAUCUGCCGCCUGGGCGCUAAGUCGCUUUCGCACGUUCUCUCGUGUAUCGAGCGAGGCAAAGACCGGCUCUUAAAUAUCGCCCAGACCUCGGAGCCUGCACGACGUCAGAUCGUGGCAAGCGUAGUCGAGUACUGGAAAGACCAACCCGGUGUUGCUGUUCGUAUCAUCGACAUUCUGCUCAACUACACCAUCCUCGCGCCGAUGACUGUGGUCCAGUGGGUGUUUGGUGAGCACAUGGGUGCCGGUGAAGCGCUGGCGGAGAGCUGGACCUACGAGAUGGUAUCGAACACGGUUUCCAAGGUCACGAACCGUAACCGUCAGAUUGCAUCAGCUCGUCUUCAGAAGGGUCUCCCAGUGGAGCAAGUUGAAAUGGUCGAGGCAACAUUGACUAAGGAUCGAGAUAACGCCCGCGAGCUUCUCAAGUACAUCGAGGAUGCCGUGAGGGGUGUUGCUGAGGGAGCUGUCGACCGCCUGAUUGAGAAGGAGAGUAGCGGAGAGCUCUCUGCGGAGGAUGGUCAGCUCAUCAAGGCCUGGGGCAAGCGCUGGUACACGGUCUUCGUCCGCAAAGCUGCGAUUGAAGAGUCGGUGGUAGGGGAGCAGGCCGUCGAGGCGAGAAUCAAGCUUCUGGCCGCGGAGCCUGAUGCCCCCGCUGGGGCGAUGCAGGAGGACGCCAAUGGUGUGGCAGAGCAAGCGACAAACGGUGACACCGAGAUGCUCUGAUCAAGCUCAAUCUGGGCUUGGUGGCAGAGUUCUUGUAUCACUUUCGUCACGAAAAGGUUUGACAGGGCGGCAGCCGGCAAAUCGUCGUUUGGAUGGGUAUCGAACGAGCAUGCGACUUCGGUUCCCAGUCCCUAAGGCAAGCGGGCGUAGAGCUUCGGCGAAUUGCGGCGUCAUCAGAGCAUCUUAAUGCAUGGUAUGAUUUCAGUCCUUCGUAUGUAUAGUAUCAGUUUCAAAAGUACAAAAGUCGAGAAAACGGCGUGGUGUGG